CUUGCAUCUUACUUCCAUUUCGGGAAAGAAGUCUACAAAGGAUCCUAAUAAACUGCUGCCUGGAAGGAGCAGGUUUGAAACCAUCAAGCGAGCGCACUGACGGGAAUUUCCGUGCCUUUCUCAAGCCUACCCACGACUGCGCAAUACAUGGCGCCAACAACGGCGAAGGACGGAACGAGGUACCUGUUCGGAGGAGAAGCCCUGUGGCAAGCGUCAUCAUGGACGGCAUCCGACGACCGUGUCCGCGGCGGGAACAGCACCUCCAGUUUAGCCAUCGGCCAGAUGGGGACUUUUAACACGCCGUGCGCUUCAUUCGAGGGUUUGUUGGAUAUUACAGCUCUCGGGGGGGCUGGCUUUGCCUCGUACCGCACCGUAGAUAAUUUCCCGGAGCUAGACCUAUCCGGCUAUGAUGCCCUGGUACUGGACAUAGCCAAGUCGGAUCUCAAGAAGUUUACCCUUGUUCUCAAAGACACAGUUUUGCCCAAAAGGCCUGAUGGGCGUGAGCAGAGCACCGUCAGCUGGGAGCACGACUUUGAUUGUCCCGGUGAUGGAGGGGGUGGAAGGGUAGUGAUGAAUCUUAAUAAUUUUAAAGCCACCUACCGUGGUCGGGCGAAGCCAGAUGCCGAACCCCUGAACACCGGGGAUAUAAAGAGGAUUGCCAUAAUGAUAAGAAGCUUCUUCGGUGAACAACAAGGCCAAUUCAGCAUUACUAUUCUCUCGAUAGCAGCUAUGAAACACGAUCGCGGUCCAUCUCCAUACCUGCCGAAAACCCAGUAGGGCCACGGAAAGUUUAGCCUCGUCGUUACGCCAACGGUUGAUUUUAUCUGACUUGCCGUCAUCUGUGGGCGGCGAAGAUGUUGUCAAUGACUUUCUACACGGCAAAACGGAAGGAAUCGAGACCCCUCGGCAUUUGGAAUUGUCGGUUGAGUUUCAUCAAGGCGCAUUCUUUUUCGUUACAGAAGGUUAAGACAAGCCGAUGGGGGGGUUGAAGCGCACCCCCCCUUGCCGCCACAAUCUAAUACUUCGAAUUGGAGCGUG